AUGCAGAGCGUGGUCCGAGGGUGCUGCGCGGGGCAGGGUGCCCGCGUGCGCAGCGCGGCCGCCAUCUGCCCGCCUCGGCGACCUCAGUGGCGCGUGCGGACGCCGCCGACAUGCCAGGCGGGGAAGGGGUUCUCUAGCAAGACGUCGCCGAAGAAGGACGACGCCCCCCGGAAGGAGCAGGCGAGCGGCGCGCGGGAGGACAAGCCUGCGGUGGACCCGGAGACGGAGCGCAACCUCCAGGCAGCCAAGGUCGUGAUCGACGACAUUCUCAAGGAGGUCUGCCAGACGAUGUUUGUGUCGGAGGCCGUCGCGGACGUCACGGGCGACGCCCCGGAGACGACGCUGCAGGAGGCGGUGCGCGAGGCAGUGGACAAGCGCUUCCACGAGCUCGACGAGGCGUUCCUGGCGGCGCUGAACGCCUUCAUCGCGGCCAUGGACCCCGAGAAGGAGAAGGACGUCGUCGACAUCCUCGUCGUGCUGCGGUCCGAGGUCCUGAACCGCGUCACAAAGUCGUUGCCCGCCGCCCUCCAGAUACUGGAGAAGCUGUUGACGGAGCCCUCCCAGGAGGCGCGGCGGAAGCUGUUGGUUGCCGCGGGACACAAGGAGCGGGGCGGGGGCGGGGGCGACGCCGACGUGCUGGCGUCGAACAUGCCCUCGAUCGCCGCGUCGGCCUCGCAGUUCAUCGAGGACAUGGAGGAGCGCGAGGAGAUCCCCCAGCGGCAGCUCCUCGCGCAGCUGUGCAUCGCGCGCGAGGACGUGAUCGCGGUGGACAUGCAGCUGAGCGCGGAGAGCGGGUCGCAGGCGCUGUCCGUGGUGCGGCGGCGGCAGGUCCCGCAGCGCGAGAUGACGUUCAUCACGCGCCUGCUCGCGUCCGACGAGCUGACGCGGAAGACCUCGCUGUACCGGGCGUUCUCGGAGGACUGGGAGGAGGCCGCGCCGCGCGAGACGGACGACGCGGACGCGCGGUUGCGGGAGCUGGAGGAGAAGCUGCGGCGGAAAAAGCGCGGGGAGGCGGAGAAGCUCCCGCCGGACGUGGUGCGUCCGGGGCGCUUCAUGGCGACGCUGCGGUCCGUGCAGGAGGAGAUCCGGACCAAGGUGGCCGAGGAGGGCGGCGAGGAGGUCGAGGCCGCGAUGGGCCGCGUGGAGACGCUCUUGGAGGAGGCCAUGUGGGCGCUGCAGGAGCUGGCGUGGCCCACGCAGGCGACCGUCGAGGACCUGGCCGGGGAGGCCGGGGCCUGA